AAUUGUGCUAUCUACAAAACAGUGAAAUACCUAAUGUUUGGUUGGUGAGCUUGGGAUCCAAUGCUAAAUAAAUGGUGUGAGCAGCCCAGUUUAUGCAUAUAAGUCUGAGUAUACACACAAAUCAUUGUCUUGAGAAGCAUAAAAGAAAAAAAAAAAAAGGAAAAUAGAUAUAUAUUUGCUCUGAGCAGAUUUCACGUGAAGCUUCACCCAUAUGUCCGCGAGCAAGAAGUUGAUGAAAAAACUAAAUGCACAGACUUCUUAGAGAGAGAAAUUGAAAAAGGUGAAAAUUUUAAUGGCCACUACUUUUUAGAAACAGAAACUGGGUUCUGCUGCAACUCCAUUGUUGAAGAAGAUGUGUAGAAGAAGAGUUAUUAUUACUAAUUUUGCAUUCUAAGCUUGUUUUGUUUUCUGGGUGUCGGUGUUUUCUUUUCUUGUAAAACAUGUUAUUGUAUUGGUCAAACGUAAGGUGUUGAUAAGAAUGACACUAGCUGGUCCUAACGAUACACAGAGACACUAAUCCUGUCAUUUCACAAUCGUACCCUCUUUUGAAAGUGCUAGCUAGAUCUGGAGAUGGGUAUCUCAAAAUGAAAGUGAUUAAUUAAAAGUAAAGACAGAAAAGCAAAAUGUCUUUUGUAUUGUAUAUAUCCAGCCUGCCAUCAACAAUCUGUGAGAAUUUUUUGCUCGUCAACACUUUUUAAAAAACCCUUGUUUCUUGGUUUGAUUACCAUUUGUCUCCCUUUUAAUUAUGGAAAUCUUGAAAUCAAGAUUUGAUUUUUAGAGAUAUAUUGGUUGACUUAAGAGUUGUCAUUAUUAACCUCCAUCGAUGGCUAUUCCUUUGUGGUUGAAAUGCAAUCCCUCUCUCUCCUCCUCCUCGUUCUUCUUCUUCUUGUCAUUGUUCGUUGCAUUCCCACAAGUAAAAUCAGGUGAUGCAGAAACACUUCUUGCAUUAAAAGCUGUAAUUGACCCAUUGGGGUUUCUUCAAUGGGGAAGAGGAACUGAUUUCUGCGAGUGGGAAGGGGUUAAAGAAUGCAUGAAUGGAAGGGUCAUCAAGCUUGUGGUUGAAACAGUAAAUUUGACUGGCACACUGGAUGGGAAAAGUUUGAAUCAGUUGGAUCAGCUUAGGGUUUUAAGCUUUAAAGAAAAUUCAUUAUCUGGGUCAAUUCCACAACUCUCUGGCCUUACCAAUCUGAAAUCCCUUUACCUCAAUGAUAAUAAGUUUUCCGGCGAAAUCCCGGCUGGGCUUUCAGCCCUGCACCACCUGAAAGUGGUGGUUCUUUCUGGCAACAGACUAUCAGGUCACAUUUCUCGGUCUUUUGUUGCUUUGAGCAGAUUGUAUGUUCUUUAUUUGCAGGAUAAUCAGUUGACAGGUGAUGUUCCACCUUUUAAUCAGACUAGUUUGAGAUUCUUUAACGUGUCGAAUAAUUUACUCUCUGGUGAAAUCCCUGCGACAAAUUCAUUGGUUAUAUUUAAUGGAUCCUCAUUCAGUGGUAACAUUGAUUUAUGUGGUGUACAAAUUCAAAAACCGUGUAAUUUUGGUCCAUCUACUAGUCCAUCCUAUUCAAUCCCACCCAUCGAAAAAUCGAGGAAUCAUAAAAGGAAUAAGAAGCUCAUUGUUAUAAUUGUUUCGUGCGUUGGUGGAUUUGUGUUGUGCAUUUUUGCAGUCCUACUGAUUACAUGUUUGAGGAAGAGAAGUAAGAAAAAGGAGACAAAGAGUAAAGUGGUUGCACGAGGAGUAGAUGAAGGGAUUACUAGUGCUGGUGGGGAUGGUGAUAAUGGGGGAAAACAAGGAGGAUUCUCAUGGGACCAAGGGGGUGAGGGACCAGGGAGCUUGGUGUUCCUCGGACCAGGGGAUCAGCAAAUGAGCUAUAGUAUGGAAGAUUUAUUGAAGGCUUCGGCUGAGACAUUGGGGAGGGGGAGUAUGGGGAGCACAUACAAAGCAGUGAUGGAGUCGGGUUUCAUUGUGACCGUUAAGAGGCUAAAGGAUGCCAGGUAUCCAAGGAUGGAGGAGUUCAGGAGACACAUUGAAAUUCUCGGUAGACUAAGGCAUCCCAACCUUGUUCCUCUGAGGGCUUAUUUCCAGGCUAGUGAAGAACGCCUGCUUGUUUAUGAUUAUUAUCCCAAUGGCAGUCUCUUCACUCUCAUUCAUGGAUCAAGAGCUUCAGGUGGUUCAAAGCCUCUUCAUUGGACAUCCUGCCUGAAAAUAGCAGAGGACUUGGCAACUGGACUGCUUUAUAUCCAUCAGAACCCUGGUCUAACUCAUGGGAACUUAAAAUCAUCAAACGUGCUUUUGGGAUCCGACUUCGAGUCCUGCCUCACUGAUUACGGGCUGACACCUUUUAGAAACAUAGAUUCUGUUGAGGAAUCCAGUGCUUCUUCCCACUUUUACCGAGCCCCUGAAUGUCGUGACAUGCGAAGGCCACUAACGCAACAAGCCGAUAUAUAUAGCUUUGGCAUCCUUCUCCUCGAGCUCCUGACGGGAAAGACUCCAUCUCAAGACCUUGUUGAAGAAUACGGCUCGGACAUUCCUAAAUGGGUGCGAUCAAUACGUGGAGAGGAGACGGAGUCAGGUGAUGAGCCUACAUCAUCUAGCAACGAGGCUUCUGAGGAAAAGCUCAGCGCACUUUUGAACAUAUCCAUGGCUUGUAUUUCAGUUACACCAGAAAACCGUCCUGUGACAGGGGAGGUUUUGAGGAUGAUCAGAGAGGCAAGAGCAAAAGCUCAAGUGUCUUCGAAUAGUAGUGACCACUCACCCGGAAGAUGGUCAGAUACUGUUCAAAGCUUGCCUCGAGAAGAACAUCUGAGUAUUUGAUUUGUUGAUGAUUAAGCUCGUACUUGUGUGCAAUUUUUUUUGGUCCAAAUUGAAUUCUGCUUAGCAAUGCCGAGCCUUUUCCAUUGCCUCAGUCCCUUUUUUAACUUUUCUGUAGUUUUAGCUACUUGGAUGUUAUGGGAGUAAACUGGAGAUAGAACUCCAUUUCACAUUCAUUUUUAGGCAUGAUUUAGUCAUUUUCUUUAAAUGGGAAUCUUUGAAAAGGCACAAUCAUUGAAAUUUUAGCGUA